UUUGAAGUCAGGGUCACCUCAGCACGAACACCGGGUCAUGACGUCAUCGCUGAACUGAAACAUGGCGGCUAACUUAUUGAAGAGCUUGAUAUAUGCGACUUUAUUUGUGAGCGCCACAGCCCACAACAGCACCCCAGAGAUCCCGACAGAGGAAUGGACGACCUACACAGGCCCCAAUUAUCGCAAGGAAGUCUUCCCCAAAAAUGACACGUCCGAACCCUUAGAAGUGGGAAUUUCUGUCCUGGUGAGAAACUUGCCGAAGAUCGAUGAGGUUAAUGGGGUGAUGUUCAUGGAGGUCAACCUUCGGGUCAAGUGGCAGGACCAACGCUUGACGAUUCCUCCCUGGUUGGGCGCCGAGGAUUACGUCCCCCUCGACCCUGUCAUCCUCCAGGAUAUAUGGGUGCCGGAUCUUUACAUUGGUGGGCGUCGCGUUACGGUUAUUUCCUAA